AAAAAACUCAAGACUAAUAAAGCAGCUUCAAGCCUACACGCGAAAAAAAAAAAAAAAAAAAUCUCUUCAUUAUUGUUGCUCACUCUAGUUCUACUGUAUGUGGUUGUUAAAGUAAUGAGCUUUUACGUAGUUGCUAAUACUCGGCGUAUUUGGCGAUGGGCGCUACGAGCGCCCCUUCAAACUGAUCGCCAUUUUAAUCGCCGCACCACUAUCUCAAUCGCUAUAAUUUUCAUUGUUUUUCUCUCUUUUUUUGCUUGCGGUAUGGGGAUUGUUAGUGAAGGUGUGGCGCAAUUGUGGUUUUAGUAUGCACGCAUAGGUGUUAGGUGUGAUUCUAACGAACCAACAGCAAUAACAGCAAGUCGCGAUUUGAGCACAC